CAGGCGGCCCACGAGUCUCCGCACCCUCCUCCGCCCCAGUGAAUCGGCGACCGGAACCCUCUCGCCCCUCGUCGUCGCCGGCGCCGGCGCCGGCGCCCCUCCGAGCCGACGCCAUGCCCCCCGUCAAGUGGCUGAUGCACUGGCACCCGAGCCCCGGGGCGACGCUCAACACCCAGAUCCUCGCGGAGGCGUGCGGCUGCGCGGAGUCCCUCGGCGGGGCCAAGGACGGGCGCUGGAAGACCUCCAUCAUCUUCUACCGCGCCAUGACCCGGGACGGCGGCGCCGCGGGGCCCGCGGGGCAGCAGGGGCAGCAGCACGGCGACCUGCCCAGGGAGCUCCUCGGCGUCGCGCUCCACGAGCGCCCGGGGCUCUACUUCUCCAUCGUCCGCCUGGCGAAGCUCGUCCUCCAGGCCGACGCCACGUUCCCCCAGGUCAUGGAGAAGCUCCAGUCAUACAAGGCCCGCGUCGCCCUCAACUUCGAGGGGUUUCAGUAUCAACUGGGUGAUUUCUGCCUGAGGAUAGGAAAAUGUGUUCCUAAUAAUUCUGAAGUACUGAGAGGAAUCAUGAUGGAGGUAGAGUAUUAUCCCCUGUCUUCCAUCGAAAAAUCCAGGGCAAUCAUGGAAGAUUUCUUUGACGUAUGGCAGGAAACAGUUGCGAAGAAGUCAUUACCUGGUCAUUUCAUUCAUGUAGAAUCAAACUUUUCAGAAUAUGGUCUUUCAGAUCAAUAUUCUUUCCAACAUACUGCAGUUCAGUAUGCAACUUGCCUGCAGCAGCUCAUGGCUGUAGUAAGGGGCUAGCUCUAAAUAUCAAGAUUUAGAGAAAAAAACACCAUGUAUAACUUCUUAGGUUGAUCCUGGUAGCAUUCACAGUGCCUGGACGCAUCUUAUGUAAUGACAUGCAAAUGAGGUUUGUACUUUCAUGUAGUAUCAAACUUUUCAGAAUAUGGUCUUUCAGAUCAAUAUUCUUUUCAAGAUACUGCAGUUCAGCA